GGUCUUUCCUUGCCUGGGCCUGCCGAAAACCCUGGUAAUUUCCCUUUUUGCUCGGGAACUGACCUGUAUAUAAAAAUACCACUGUAAUAUACUGAUAUAUACAGGUCAGUGGGAGUCCAGUCAAGUAUAUUGGAGUGAUGAUAUUUCUGUCCUUUGAUUAAUUUGUAAUUUGGCAUUUGCCACAUGUCUAUAAAUGAACGCAAUACAUGAAGCUGUUGAAAAAGGAGAUGGUGAUGAGGUUUUGUCAUUACUAGAAGAUGGCCAUAAUAUUAAUGCUAUCAAUGACGCUUAUGUGACACCUGCCUACUUAGCAGUUUUAAACAAGCAGUAUGAUGUGCUCAAGUUAUUGUUGAACCAUAAUGCUGUUCAAACAUAUUUUGACCCACUUUUAUUAGCUACUUCUUUAGAUAGUGAAGAAUAUGUUCAGAUUCUUAUUGACUAUAAAUUUGAUCCCAGUUAUCAGUCAGAUGACUCAGAUCAUGGUUUCCCUAUAAAUCUCUGGACUGCUCUACAUGAAGCCUGUCACAUGGGUCUUAAAAAGAUACUAGAAAUAUUUGUGAGAACAAAUUGUGAUUUGGAUAUAAGGAAUGAAGAGAAUGCAACUCCAGUGUAUAUAUCAUGUCAAUAUGGUGAGAAGGAAUGCUUAGAGUUGUUAUUGAACCAUGGUGCUGAUGCUGAGAUCCCAGUUGAAACAGGGGAAACACCACUUCAUAUUGCCUGUCAAGAGGGUCACCAUGGUUGCGUUGCAACCCUGUUAAAUUAUGGUGUGAACAUCGAAUCUCGCAAUGAAUUAGAAAGAACUUCUUUGGCUGUAGCAUGUUAUCACGAACAAUAUGAAUGUGCAAAGUUACUUAUUGAAAGCAACGCGUCAAUUGAUGGAGAAGAUAAUGAUAACUCGCCUAUUCAUUUAGCCGCACGAAACAUUGAUGGCCUUUGCCUUAGUUUGUUGAUUGAAAAUGGUGCAGAUGUCAACAGUGAUUUAUACAGUUGUACACCAUUAUAUGAAGCUGUUUCCGCUAACAACCUACCAGCAGUCAAGUUGUUGCUUUUGAAAGGAGCUGACCCAAACAGAAUAUGUGAGACGAAAUAUCCUUUGCUGUGCAAAACGCCUUUGAUGGUAGCUACAAGUGAAGUCGGGAACGUGGAAAUUAUUAGAGAACUUGUUGCGCACGGUGCUGAUGUAAACCUUAGAACCUUUACAUCACCUCUUAUUUUGGCUGCGAAGUAUAAAAGUUGUGAAUCUUUGAACGAACUUUUGAGCUAUGAUAUUGAUGUCAACUAUGUAGAUAUACAAGGGGAGUCGGCUCUAACCACACUAUGUAUGCAGUUGAUUAAAAACUACAACUCUGAUGAUUAUAAAGAACUUCUACAAUGCUGUAGAAAAAUUCUCGUGUUAGGUGGAAAUAUCACACAACUGAUAACUGAAGUGAGCUCAGCGUCAACGUCAUCAAUACUUGUACCGUGUUAUGUUCGUAUGUGUCCAGACCUUAUCGCUUUGUUACUUGAGUUUUCCACCCGUCGCGAACAGAUGCUGUUUCUAUGCUCAAUUUGCGAGGAAUGUGUUAAUCAAGGUUAUGACGAAUUUGAUGGCAUGUAUGACUUUUUCUUUCAGCCAAGACAAUUAACCCAUUUGUGUCGUGUCAAGAUAAGAUGUCUUUUGGGUGGAAAAAGACUAGGCCACAUUAAAAGACUUCCUUUACCGACGAUAUUGAAGGAUUAUCUCAAUCAUAAGGAGGAAAUGACUUUUGAAUAAAUCUUCAUAAAUCAUUCUCUGCUCGAUGUUAUGUCUUUAGCUACAAGAACAUCAUCGAUUGACUCUUCGACUCUGCAUCAUAUAUUUAUUUUCCAUACGACGCUCACGCGAUUUAACAGACAUAUGUCAUAUGGCAUAUGAAUGAUUUCCACCCCCGACUUUAACCCGAUGAAUCUUGGCCGUUAUUAGUUCUUGUUGAAGCGAGAAGAAGCAAAGUGUAGGCGGAAUAACUUUUUAUUAUAUCAUCUUCCUGAGGAUUUAUUCCAGGAAGUUGAAUAUGUUAUUUAUUUGAUUGUUUCACGGGGGCUUCACCAUAUCAUGUGACAUGUUAUAUAUGUUUUUCACAUGUAGAUAACGUAAUUCGUAAAUACAGAUUUUUCCCAAGAAACCAUUAUGAAAAUAAAUUGUUUAAAUAGUCAGAUACAUGUGUUACAUCGUUGCUGAAACCAAUUUUGAAAUAACACGAGAAAACAUUUAAAGGCUGUAAAUGUGAUGAAGGCAACAAUAUACGUCAUUACAAGUCUGCCCACGGGAAUGGGGCUGUGUUUGGCGGCAAAAUGAAUCAAUGUUGGGCGAAAGAGGAUGAUGACAAAAAGAACUAAGAAGUAAAGAAGCUAUGGUCUACGACAGGACCGGCACUCGACACGAGCCUGCUUCCUGUGCUUCAUUAAUAAAGUCAUUUUAGAUUUAAAAAGUUUAUUAAGAACAAGGUUGUAUGAAGUGUUUCAUGUGAUUGUCGAACGAAGAAACUGAUGUUCAAUUUAAAGUAGACGUAAUUUCUGACGUACUGUUAGGAACGAGAACAUUAAUGAAUAAACGUCUAGUGUCAUGCACAGUGGUCAUACAUGACGGGGACGAUGCGCGUGCAAGAAGUGGACGCAGACGUCAAAUUUUCGAAAAAUAUAUCUUCCGAGUGGCGAUAUCAGCCCGAGGGUAUUAACAUUAAUAUUCCUUCUCCCGGCCGGUAUUUUCCUUAAAAAAGUUUAUUGCCGUUGUAUAACAACGUUGAAAACUUUCAAU